UCUAGUCUGUAUUUAUGACUUUUUCGCCGGUACCACGGUGACAUAUAAAUUUUUAAUAUGUUAUAUCAGUUUUAACAGUAGAAUAGAGAAUUAAGAAAAACAUUGAUUUGUUUGUAAAUAUUUCAAUUAUUGAAAUACUCUAUUUGUAUAUUAUCAAAAAAUAAAUUUUAUCAGUCGUAGUAAUUGUAAAAAUGUCAUUGGAUACAGUGCCAAAAGAUUUAAGAGGUCUACGUGCCUGUUUAGUGUGUUCCUUAAUAAAGACAUUUGACCAAUUUGAAUAUGAAGGAUGUGAUAAUUGUGAUGAUUUCUUGCGCAUGAAGAAUAAUAAGGAUAAUGUUUAUGACUGCACAAGCAAUAAUUUUGAUGGGAUGAUUGCAGUCAUGAGUCCUGAAGACAGCUGGGUUUGCAAAUGGCAACGUAUAAACCGGUUUUGUAAAGGAGUGUAUGCAAUAUCCGUCUCAGGCAGAUUACCUGCAGGUGUGAUCAGAGAAAUGAAAAGCAGAGGCUAUGUAUACAGACCAAGAGAUACUAGCCAGAGAUAAAUUUGCACUAAUUAAAUAUAAUUAUUUAUUACAAAAUAAUAAAUGAAUAAACCUAUUUUAAUAAA